AUGCCCCGACUGGCAUUAAUGAACAAAGAAGAGAACAACGAGCGUAAGGACUUCAAUAGACACAUGUUCCCUAACCGAGUCACUGGUUCAAACUUCUUCCGCUCGUAUCUAGGGCAGCUUGGACGCAUAUCCGGGCAUCCCCGAGUGGCAGAUAAACUAAAGGAACGACUACCGACGUUGGACCAAAGCCUGAUGACAGUCAAGAAGGAUAUUAAGCGGCUAAGUCAACAGCAGUUUACUCUUAUAUACGUGCGAAACCUGGCCAACUUCGUCAAGGUCGAAGCCAUGGUGCGAUCCGCGGAAGAGACUCAUCCGGAGAUAUUUGCCAAGCAGGCAGAGCCUAAUAUUGGAAAACUGCUGCAGGGGUUGUCAAACGAAGAAUUGAUCAAUCAGUCCGAGUCCAUAAUUCCCGGGAUCGCGUCCACUCGGAAUGCCUUGGACUCGCCAUUAAUCCCUCAGCUGCCAGCGAACCAGAAAAAGGCCCUCGUCAUAGGCAUCCGGAAAGGCUUUGAGGGUUCCCAUCACCAAGAUUGA